AGACACACGGGGCAGACACACGGGGCAGACACACGGGGCAGACACACGGGGCAGACUGGGGCAACUUUCACCCUGGCUGCAGCCUGAGCGGCGCCGCUGCCGGAAUCACUCACACACACAACAAUGGCGACUCCCGGUCCCGACAGCAGCUCCGCCAGCCUAGGAGCCACGUCGCACAGUUUCCACCAGCAGCAGCACACCCAGAGCAGCAUGCAAGAAACCACCACCUGCUGGAGAUGUCAGAAUGAAACAGGUAAACGUAAAGCUCUGAAGCUGAAUUUCGCCAACCCUCCAGUGAAACCAGCCUCCAGGCUCCCGCUCCAUCCACCGCCUUCCUCUUUCCAGAACCCUCACAUAGAGCGUCUGCGGACACAUAGUAUUGAGUCGUCGGGGAAGCUGAAGAUCUCUUCGGGGCAGCAUUGUGACUUCACGGCGGAGGAUCUGAGAGACCUUGGGGAGAUUGGUCGUGGAGCAUAUGGCUCCGUCAACAAGAUGGUCUACAAACCCACGGGCCAGAUCAUGGCUGUCAAGAGGAUUCGCUCCACUGUGGAUGAGAAGGAGCAGAAGCAGCUGCUGAUGGAUCUGGACGUGGUCAUGAGGAGCAGUGACUGUCCCUACAUCGUUCAGUUCUACGGCGCUCUCUUCAGAGAGGGUGACUGCUGGAUCUGUAUGGAACUCAUGGCUACCUCAUUAGACAAAUUUUACAAAUAUGUCUAUUGUGCAUUGGAUGAUGUCAUUCCGGAGGAAAUACUUGGCAAAAUAACAUUAGCGACUGUUAAAGCACUGAACCACUUAAAAGAAAACUUGAAAAUAAUUCAUAGAGACAUCAAACCUUCCAACAUUCUCAUGGACCGAGCGGGGAACAUCAAGCUGUGUGACUUUGGCAUCAGCGGUCAGCUGGUGGACUCUAUUGCUAAGACCCGGGACGCCGGCUGCCGGCCUUACAUGGCGCCUGAGAGGAUUGACCCCAGUGCGUCCAGACAAGGCUAUGACGUGCGUUCUGACGUCUGGAGCCUGGGAAUCACUCUGUACGAGCUGGCCACAGGAAGGUUCCCGUACCCAAAGUGGAACAGCGUGUUUGAUCAGCUGACUCAAGUGGUGAAAGGUGAGCCUCCGCAGCUCACCAGCUCCGAGGAACGCCAGUUCUCCCCCAUGUUCAUCAGCUGUGUCAACCUUUGCCUUACCAAGGAUGAAUCCAAACGGCCAAAGUACAAGGAGCUUCUGAAACAUCCCUUCAUUCUGAUGUAUGAAGAGCGUUUUGUGGACGUCGCCAGUUACGUAUGUCGUGUCCUGGAUCAGAUGCCCGCCUCGCCCAUCUCGCCUAUGUACGUGGACUGACGGAGUUAGGUUGUGUGCGUGUGCGAGAGUGUGAGGGUUACAUAGCAUCAGCUAUUUAUUCACACGUUCCAAAGAACAAAGGUUGCCCGGUGCAAUGACAUGAAUAUUGUUAAGCAAACCUCAGUCAAUUGUCAAAUAUCGUCAGCCAGGAAGAGUGUGUGUGUGUGUGUCUGUGUGUGUGUCUGUGUGUGUCUGUCUGUGUGUCUGUGUGUGUCUGUUUUCAGAUGUUCAGCUCAGUCUCUUAAACCGAGUGACACUACAUCAGGUACACAUGGUUCCAUGCUUCAUUGCCUGAUGUGAAGUUCUUCACUGAUAUAAAUGUGUGAGUGUGUGUAUAGACCAUGUGCUGUCCCUGGCAGGCUCUGAUCUUGAUCACAUCUUGUGGUGCACAAUGAGUCCAGCUGCUCCUCAGCAGCCCGCCACAGCACUCUGACCACAGAUAGGCCACAUGGGAUAAAAUCCUGGCAAUGGUUUCCUGUCGACAACCCACAAAUGCUGCUAAAUGACAUAAUGUCCUUUUGUACCAACCACACCCCUGCCAGGAGAGGACGAGGAUCUGUCCCCCUCACAGCAUGUUCCUCUGGGACCCGCCACGUUUCUCUGGCUCGCACUGAUGAUGGAAUGUGUCCCAUGCCAAACCAUAUACCAAACUCGGGAUGCAUCGCCAUAGUCUAACAGCCGCUCCCCCACCUGUCUUCCUUCACCAGGCGACGCUGCCACUCAGACUCCCUCCAUCACACAGUUAGCUACUUAACCAAACUGUCUGAAUGGAUGGUGGUCCUCCCACACUGGGGCGCUGUAGAGACUUGGAAUGUCAUAAAUGAAUAUAGAGGUAAAGAUGGCAAUAUUUAUAUUUUAAUGUAACACUGAAUAUUGCCAGCCUUAUCUGGUAACUAAUAAUGUAAGUAAAGGUCAUUUCAUGCAACACAGCCUAUAAAAAGCAAAGAGGUAUACAGAGUCAGCUUAAGUCAACUGUUGACUUUCUCAAAAUCAGUUUUGACUGACAUUUAUGAGUCUGUUGGAGUUGUUGAUCACCUUUGUUGUUUGACUUUAUUAUAUUUUAGUAUUGUAGUUGGAGUCUGGCAAGAGACAUAUUUAAAAAAGCAAAAUACAAGGCUGACUAGUAGGGCUGGGCCCAGAUCUAAAAUUUAAAGACUAUUUGUUUGGUUUUGCUCACAGCCAAUCACGAUUUCUAAUAUGAUGCAACGUGAAUGGCCCACUACCACAGCAGCUACAGAUACAAUCUGUGGUGUGAUGCAACUAAUGGAUGGGUAUCAAAUGAAAUGUAAACAAAAAGCUGAGUGAAGUACUCUGUUGGUAGCGGUAUCACUUUAAGGCUAGUGUUUGAAAGAAUGCCCAGCCAUACUGAAUAGUACUCCCGAUGACCAGUACAUCGACACGUAUAGAAUGUGCUGGAGUUCCCCUUUUCAUUUAAAAUUCUUUGACUUAGGCCUCUACAGAUGUCAGCCAUGUUGGAAAGUGUCCACCGUCAUCAGGAUGUGUUGAAUGCUCGUGGCUUAUUCUGGAGGAUUAGACCGUAACAGCAAGCCAUUCUUCUCUCAGUAAUGUGAAAUGGUGCAAAGCCCUAAGAAACUGAUUCAUUUCCAGGAAGCUACCUUACCACUUGUGAAUAUCAACCUCAAGGGUACAUGUUGUAUAAAUUGCAAUUUACUAGAAUGUUCAUAUUAGAUUAUAAAAUAUUAAUGGCAAUGAAUAUUAUAGUGUAUCUUUAUUGAAGGGUUACAAAUACAUUUUCUGUUUAAAACUUG